AUGUAUGUCGGUCAUCUGAUAGAGCUUGAUGUUGCUUUAGGAUUUGAUGGUUGGCUGGGGAUUGCGUGGAGGUGGAGGAGGAAGGAUAUCUUUAAACUCUCGGGUAUCCCACCUACUCCUAGAGGAGUCCCGCAGAUCCCCGUCUGCUUUGAUAUUGAUGCCAAUGGUAUUUUAAAUGUCUCGACCGAGGAUAAAACGACUGGACAGAAGAAUAAGAACACGAUCACGAACGAUAAGGGUCGUUUGUCGAAAGAGAAAAAUGAGAAGAUGGUUGAAGAAGCUGAAAGUACAAAUCGGAAGAUGAAGAGCACACGAAGAAGGUUGAGGCAAAGAAUGCGCUCGAGAAUUACGCACAUGAUGAAGGACGAGAAGAUUGCUUCUAAGCUGCCGGAGGCUGAUAAGAAGAAGAUUGAGGAUGCUACAGAGGCAGCUAUUCAGUGGCUGGAUGAGAACGAACUGGCAGAGGCUGAUGAGUUUGAGGACAAGAUGUAG